UCUCCUCUAUCCACCUGCGCACGCUGCUUCUCAGCCACUUGAGCAGUGGAACACCCUCCGCGUGUCACCCUCCUUCCUUCUGGAUCAACUCAUUCGCUUUCUUUUGCAUCUCCGCCGCUCGUGGAAAGUACACAACUAUUAACGGAGAACACAAAUUCACACGGCCAAGUUCAACUCAAUCCAGACAAGAUCAUUUUGUUCUGCGGCCGGAAUAACCGAGCGGGAUCUGCAGAGGACCCACACCGGAUCGCGCCUGCGUGCGCCCGGGCACAGACUCUCCGAGGACCCCCGAGGGCUGGCGGGGUUGUUCUUUUCUUUUCUUUCUUUUUUUUUUUUGCACGGCUUCUUUUGCGACCAGCAUUGGACCUAACUAAACACAGGAUCUCGGAUUCUCCUCCUCCUCAUUUAGAGAGCGACAAUGUUGUGGGACAGCCUGUGCUGUCUGAUGGCCCUGCUGGCCUGUUCGUCCGCAGGGCUCCCUCCGGCCCUGGAGCCACUCUCUGCCCCCAGGAUUUACCUGUCCUUCAAAGAGUUAAAGUCGACCGGCACCGCUCACCACUUCUCCUUCUUGCUAAACUCGAGCGACUAUCGAAUUCUUCGCAUGGACGAGGACCACGACCGCAUGUAUGUGGGUAGCAAAGAUUACAUCCUGUCUCUGGAUCUGCACGACAUAAACAAGGAGCCACUCAUUAUCCACUGGCCAGUCGCCCCUCAGAGGAAGUCUGAAUGUGUCCUGUCUGGAAAAGACACCAAUGGUGAAUGCGGUAACUUCAUCCGUCUGAUCGAGCCGUGGAACCGUACUCACCUGUACGUGUGUGGAACAGGAGCGUACAACCCCAUCUGCACAUACGUGGACCGAGGACGUACGUCACAGGGCUCCUACUACCUCCAGGCCCCCAAAUCUGGAGGGAGAACCAAUCGGGCAGCAGACCAGAGUGACACGUCAGAACUUUUGGAGGCCAAGGAAUAUAUUUUCCGCCUUGAGCCGGGCAAAGUGGAUUCAGGGAAGGGAAAGUGUCCAUUUGACCCCAAAUUGAACAGCGUCUCUGCUUUGAUCAAUGGAGAGCUGUACGCGGGAGUGUACAUCGAUUUCAUGGGAACCGACUCGGCUAUCUUCCGUACACUGGGGAAGCAGACAGCCAUGAGGACCGAUCAGUACAACUCCAGAUGGUUGAAUGAUCCGACAUUCAUCCAUGCACACCUCAUCCCUGACAGCGCCGAGAAGAACGAUGACAAGCUCUACUUCUUCUUCCGUGAGAAGGCCACCGAGAUGGGUCAGAGUCCCAUGAGCCAGUCCAGAAUCGGGCGGAUCUGCUUGAAUGACGACGGCGGCCACUGUUGUCUGGUGAACAAGUGGAGCACCUUUCUGAAGGCCCGGCUCAUCUGCUCGGUGGCUGGAGCCGAUGGUGUCGAGACGCAUUUUGAUGAGCUCAGGGAUGUUUACAUCCAGCCGACCCAAGACACCAAGAAUCCUGUCAUCUACGGAGUCUUUUCAGUUUCAGGAUCUGUGUUUAAAGGCUCGGCUGUGUGCGUCUACUCCAUGGCAGACAUCCGCAUGGUGUUCAAUGGUCCUUUCGCCCACAAGGAAGGACCCAACUAUCAGUGGGUGGCCUACACGGGGAAGAUUCCUUACCCCAGACCUGGCACUUGUCCCGGAGGGACGUUCACCCCCAACAUGCAAUCCACCAAGGAUUACCCGGACGAGGUGAUCAACUUUAUGAGAAACCACCCCACCAUGCACAACGCCGUAUACCCGGUACACAAGCGGCCCCUGGUGGUCCGGACCAACGUGGACUACGAGUUCACCACCAUCGCCGUCGAUCAAGUGACGGCCGCCGACGGAAGCUAUGAAGUCCUCUUCCUGGGCACAGAUCGCGGAACGGUGCAGAAAGUGAUUGUGUUGCCACGAGACGACCUUCAGACCGAGGAGCUAGUUUUGGAGGAAGUGCAGGUCUUUAAGGUUCCCACCCCAAUCACCACCAUGAAGAUCUCAUCCAAGCGCCAACAACUGUACGUGGCGUCCGUACUGGGUGUGACCCACCUGGCGCUCCACCGCUGCGACGUGUAUGGCGAGGUGUGCGCUGACUGCUGUCUGGCUCGAGACCCGUACUGCGCCUGGGAUGGAAAAUCUUGCUCCAGAUACUCGGCGUCGCAGAAGAGACGCAGCCGUCGUCAGGAUGUCAAGUACGGUAACCCCAUCCGCCAAUGCAGAGGCUACAACUCCAAUGCCAAUAAGAAUACUCUGGAGACAGUUCAGUAUGGCGUGGAGGGCAGCACUACGUUUUUGGAGUGCCAGGCCAGGUCCCCACAUGUUUCUCUCAAGUGGCAUCUUCAGAAAGAGAAUAGUGACAGAAGAAAAGAGAUUCGCUCCGAGGGCCGCAUCCUGAAGACGGACCAGGGACUCCUGAUCCGCUCCCUGCAGCCAUCAGACACCGGCAUCUACCAGUGCACAUCCACAGAGAAGAACUUCAAGCACACACUGGUCAAGCUGCAGUUGGUGGUGCUCUCCAGCCGAACCGUCAACAACGUGCUGGUAGAGACGGGCGCACCUUCCCUCGCCUUGGCACCACUGCAGUCCAGCGCCUGGACGCCAAGCGCCGGCCAGUACAAGGACCUGCUGACUAUCCUGAGCCAGCCUGAGAUGGGCCUGAUCAACCAGUACUGCCAGGACUACUGGCACCUGGGGGACAGCGGCGGUGGCCUGGGGGAUGCCAAAGCCAAGAGUCUGAAGGAGCUGAAGGAGCAGAAGAAGCCGCGCAACCGCCGGCAUCGCGAUGACGAGACGAGCCCGGUGGAGACAUGAGGAGUCGGAAACGACCAGCAGCGAGUCUACCACACCUCCAGAAAUGCUACACUAUCCCUCCAGUUUUGAGGUGUGACUCAUAAUGGACGCAAUACAGCAGAAAAGACAAAAAAACUCUCGGGUGAAACACACAAUAUUUAUUGUAGGUUGUAAAAAGUAAUUCUUUCUACCUAUUUAGAAAAAAAACAUUUUUUUGUUUUGUUUUUGUGAAUAGGUUGCUGUUGUUAUUAUUCUAAUGUUCUGGUUCGUGAUACUGACUGUGUAUUAUGUCGAGGAUGUCUUUUUUAAAUGUUUGGUGUUUUGGGAGCAUCCACGCAUGGACAAGAACUAAAAAAAUGGAACUUGGACUACAACGCUCCUCUCGAAAGCCGUUGAGAGAUGGCACAAAAAGAGCAUUUUUCAGGACCACGCAAAUGCCCACAGACUUGUCUUCAUGUUCCAAUGCCUGGCCACGUUUUUCCGGAAUCAUCCAACUAGUGCACACGUUACCAAUUUUUUCAACGUGAGAGACCCCAUACAGCAAAGGAAAAACACCUGGUGUGUCCUUACUGCAAGUAUACAGAAUACAGUGCUGGAAAAAAUGAGAGGCCACUGCAAAAUAAUUUGUGUACGGCAACAAAUCUUCACUGAGAUCCGCAGAAUUAGUUUGGCGUUUUCUUCUGUCGGAAAAGAAAAUACAUGCGCACGCAAAGUAGCAGCAUUACAACGUCAUGCAGUAGAAUAGCAGACCGACGUCUACAUGAUAAACAAGACGGAGAGUAUAUUUGAUAUUAUUGUAAGUCACUGUAACAUAAAACAAAUAUAUAACGUAUACACAGUUUGAACAUUAACGCUGUUAUAAUAUAUGAUGAAAAAACAUAAAGGAUAAAAAAUUUGAUUAAAUUGUAUCAAGAUCAAUGUUUAAAAAAAAAGCAGUUCUUAACUAUUAAAAACUCUGUAGAGUGAAUUCUGUGAAAACAGUCUACCUGUAUAACGAAAUUGCUGAAAAAUGUUGAAUGACGGAAAAGUAUGCAGUACUCAAAUUUGGAAAUUUUGCAUUGAGCUGCUUUUCACCAUUUCAGUUUUCCUGAUUUUUUUUUUGACGUGCGGUGCCGAGCGUCAGGCAACUCCUCGCUCCAUACGUUACAAAUUUGAGCGGCUUCUUUCGUAUCAGUUGUAAUCCGACGCAGUUGCGAGUUAUAGUGUUAAUCAUUACUAGGCCCAAACCAAUUCGCUUGCGAGCUAACUGACUCAAUUCCCGUUGCAGCAUGGGCAGACCCAAAACAACGCGGUGGGAUACAUUUCAGCGACUGGAGGCUUUAAGUGGAUUUUUUUUUUUUGCGGCUCAAACAUGUAGUUUUGCAUAGGCAUAAGAAUGCCGCUAUAAAUAAGUUGUAUUUGACUGACAGCUGGGCGAGGCAUGAGGAGGCAUAGAAGAGUGAGAUCCACGUACCAAAGGUGAUACUAGUACCGCACUCUCAGAAUCACUGGUCUUCAGUAUAUGGUUACGACGCAAGCACGGCAAAGCAGCAUUGGCCCCAAAGUCCCAUCCUUGACUUUUAAAGUCUCUUUCUCAUUUCAUUCUGCAGUGCAGUUAUUUUCAUUUUUCCCAGAACUGUAUAUCGCGACUGGUGUAAUCAAUCUAACCAUCGCAAUUGCAAUCUAACCACAUGUUAAAGGAUUUGCGAUGGGAAAUACUGAACAGAUUCAAAAUUUGUGAUUCUCAACCAUAAUCAUCUUUCGAGAAAAGUCAUUCUUAACACACCGCACACCACGGGAUAAUCACUCAUGAUAAUCUUUUACAGGUAUCCGCUUAGAUAGGAAAUAGAGGUGGUUGGAAAAAGCUUACAUUUGAGGCUAUUAUCGAUAUGUGUGCUUGCUCCUUUUGUUAUCUUUCCAUUUAACUCAUUCACUCCCAAAGACGUUUUUAAAUGUCUUUUCAGACUUGGUCCAGAAUUGGCUGGUACUGAAUGAGUUAAAUGGUGAAUCUUCAGCGUGUGAUCAUUGUUCUGAGGCAGAAAUGGUCUCGUAGGAACACAAACAUAGGAAUCUUAUCUCCAAAAUGCAGAUUCCAGCAGGCAGCUAUUCUUGACUACAUCUGUGCAAAAUAAAAACAAAGCACCUUCAAUUGCCGAACACAGACUAAAGUAUGGGAAGAUGUCUCUUACAGGGGGCGUUGGUGAAAAGCCUUCUGUAUCGCUUGAUCCCUUGUGGGUGUUCUUGAGGCUCCUCGUAAGCUUCCAUCCUCUUUUCAUAUUUGGAGCAAUUAUACGCAUCCAAUUUUGUGAGAAGACUCCUUAAAAAACUAGUUUGUUUUGGCCGGUUGACUCAGGUGGUUAGAACGUGGUGCUAACAACGCCACGGUCGCAGGUUUGAACCCCGUACGGGUUAUCUUCCCUUUUUUUCGGGCGGCACGGCUCAGUGUUGGAGUGGCCGUUUCCCAACCCAGAGGUUGGUGAUUCGAUCUCUGGUCAUUGCUUCCAUGUCGAAGUGUCCUUGAGCAAGAUACUGAACCCCCACUUGCUCCUGAUGCUGUGUCAUCAGAAGGUGAAUGAGAAAACAGUGUGAAGCGCUUAGGGUACCCGAGGUAGAUCAUAGUGACAGCCAAUUUACCACAAUAAAAGUGGAAAGCGUCCGGUGCUGCAAGUUCCACCUUUUCAUGCUUCCCGUACUGCAUUUGUCCCAACUCCUUUGCUCAUGUGGGACCUCUGAUACAUGCAACUUAGUCAUAAAAUUGGAGUGGACGCUGCAGUUUUACAACUACAAUACAAACACAAAUGCACACAAACUCUCAUAAACAAGCACAUGCACACACACACAAAUUCACAGGCUCAGAGGGCCACUCACAAACACCCUUAUUCAAGCACAAACACUAACAUGAAGGUGUACACAAUCUCACACACACACACACACACCGUUAUUUAAAAACACAUGUACGAGUGCAAGCACAAACAGACGCUCUUAUAUAUAUAUAUAUAUGUAUACACAUGUACGGCCUUUCACACACUUAACAUGCAUUCACUCGCACACGGGGCAACAGUCACAGAAGCACUUUAACACAAACACACGCUGGCACUCGUGCACACACGUGCACAAUCUUACACACUUUGGACCCCACGCACAUACUCACACACACAUUUCAGUCAUUAAAACGGUGACAGUGCAAUUUGGGAUUGCCCCCCAGUUUAUUUGUAAGAGUUCAUCUAAGUUCUACGCCGCAUUCAUCCAAAUUGUGUCGAUACUUAUGUCAGAGUUACAUUUCAUGCAUCUUUGAUUCGUUUAUAUACGAUCAACGCAAGGGGCUGGGGGGGUUUUGGUGAGGGAGGCAUGUUCAUAGAAAAGGUACAACCACAACAAUUUUAAUAGGGUGUCUUUCCGUGGUGCAUGGCAUGUACAGUUAUGUAAACAGUGUUUGUCUAAAAAGAGGCUUUGUUCCCAUGGAUGUCGUUGAAUGUCUUUCUCAUUGUGGGACUAUAAAAACUAUAUCAAAGGGAAAAAAAAGAAUAAA